ACAAGAGCUCGACGAAGAGUGAAGCGCGGCGCUCAAUUGGUGUGAAAAAAAAAGAAAUCUUAAAAAUAAACGAGGGGAAUUUGCGCAGACACGCAUGAGAAGAGCCAUCACCCGAGAUAAAGACGGAGAAAUCAAAUGUGCAGCGCUGACACUGACAACCCCAAUACACUGGCUCCAAUCUGUUCCCCCCUUGACUGCUCUCGGGCUGUGUGGUGUCGGUGUGGCGUGGUGUACCGUGGAUCUUUUCUUCUGGCUGUGUCUUUUUUUUUUUCCUUCAGCCUCCCACCCUCCCCAUCUCUCCACUUCUAUCUGAACGUUCAAGAAAAAAGGGAGGCAUAAAAUAAGGAUUGCUGCCGUGUUUUGUUUCAUUUAAAAAAUAUAUAUUUCCCUUUUCUUUAUAAUUCAUUUGGCACCAUUUUUUUUAUUUUACAUGGCGCAAGGGCUAUGCAAGCGGGUUGGCUCUGGUUCCGGUUUUGGGUGUGAUACAACAGCCGCGGAUUUGGAUACCCGAGCUGCAGCUACAGCAAUACUACAGGCGUGGAGCGGUUCCGGCGGCGCCCCCGCCUCGUCCUCUUCUUCUACCCGGCUGUAUGCCGAGUAAUGGUCGGUUUGCCUUGGUGGAUGAACCCCGCUCUCCCCGGAUCGUCGUCGGUACCUCUCCUGACAGUAGAUUCAUAUUUCCUGUGGAAACCUUCUACGAGCUAGGAGCUACAUAUGGAAACUGGAGAUCAGAAUUUUAGAAAAAAGGAAAUCUAGCGGUUGUUAUUUUAUUUUUACGACUUCAUUUUAUCUGUUGUUUGCUUAUUUAUUUACGGGGGUUGAUUGCUUCAUCCCGCCAUUGAUUUUGUUUGUUAAAUUUAUGUUAGCCCCUUGAUUAUGUAUUUAUUCGUUUAUAAUUGAUCCGGGGGACGUAGCCUAUUUGAAUUAAUUUAUCUGUGUAGUUGGUUCUUUAUUUUGUUACAUUUAUCCCGACCCUUCUUUUCCCGUCCCUGCUUCUCCCCGUUUCCCCCGUUAAUAAUAGGCAGUUAAAUGUGUGUGCAUAUAUAGGCUACAUUCUGUAGACAGAUACCAAGCAAGGUAGACAGAUAUAGGCAGUCUAUAGUCAGGCUAUAACGCGCGUUGGAAAAAAAUUAGAAGUAGCCUUUAGACACACAAACAACUAAUAUCCUUAAUUAGCCUGCGUUCCUUAAAAUUGUUUAUUGACGUGCUUGUUAAAACCGUGGUGCAUACAAGCCUGCCAUUGCUCUAACCUCACACCUCCACCCUCACCGCCCUUUGAAUUAAACGCUUAACUCAGAGCCGUACUAAUGUACUGUACACACAUGCCAGGCUGAACACAUCAACAUACAAGUUGGCUUUGGAGAGAGACACGUGCUAAUUUGCUUUUUACAAGUGGGACCGAACAAAUUGCUUUAUUCCUACGAAUAUUCCGUUUACAAACCCAUAAUCAUUCAUCCACAGUGAAUUUCCGAAGAGAUAUAUCAGCGUUAAAAAUGUAUUUGCGUUUUUUUCUUUAGCAGCUAAACUGACUUAAACACUCCGCUGAAUUGCUGUCUCUUGGAAUUGGUGGUUUGUCGCCAUUACGAGACGAGCAGUUGUAAAAUAUAAGUGGUAUUUCUUAACCGCCCAGUUUGGCGACUCCAAUAUCGUUUGCUUUCAGUAACAUUUAGGCUACUCUUCAAAAACUGUUCAAAAGGCUAAACUCUAGCUGCCCAAUGCUUUCACCUUAACCUGACCUAUUACAGCUCCAUAUUUCUCUCUUCUUCUGUCAUUAUAAAUAUAACAAUCAUAAGAUUCCUACCACGACGCCUCCCCUGCCUUUUCUAUAAUCGAAGACACCCCAUUUCUGGCUAGGUUUGGUCCCGUAAAUUUACAAAUAUUUAUUUCCUGUACGUCAAGAGGAAAGGGGGUCCCCCUUUCAUAGAAUGCGGAAACAUGGGUCUGUUUGACCGCGGAGUUCAGAUGUUAUUGACCACUGUCGGCGCCUUCGCCGCCUUCAGUCUCAUGACUAUAGCAGUGGGCACGGACUACUGGCUUUACUCACGUGGCGUAUGCAAGAUCAAGAUGGUCAACGAGAACGAGACCAGCAAGAAGAACGAGGAGGUCAUGACCCACUCGGGACUGUGGAGGACGUGUUGCUUGGAAGGAAACUUUAAAGGGCUGUGUAAACAGAUAGAUCAUUUUCCAGAAGACACGGAUUAUGAGGCCGACACCGCUGAAUACUUCUUACGCGCGGUGCGGGCCUCCAGCAUCUUCCCCAUCCUCAGCGUCAUCCUGCUCUUCAUGGGGGGGCUGUGCAUCGCCGCCAGCGAGUUCUACAAGUCCCGCCACAACAUCAUCCUCAGCGCCGGGAUCUUCUUCGUGUCAGCAGGCCUCAGUAACAUCAUAGGGAUCAUCGUGUACAUAUCAGCCAACGCGGGGGACCCCUCCAAGAGUGACUCCAAGAAGAACAGCUACUCGUACGGCUGGAGCUUCUACUUCGGGGCGCUGUCCUUCAUCAUCGCCGAGAUGGUGGGCGUGCUGGCGGUGCACAUGUUCAUCGACCGGCACAAGCAGCUGCGGGUGGGCGCCCGGACCCCCGACUACCUGCAGAGCUCGGCCAUCACGCGCAUCCCCAGCUACCGCUACCGCUACCGCCAGCGGUCCCGCUCCAGCUCCCGGUCCACCGAGCCCUCGCACUCCCGCGACGCCUCGCCCGUGGGCCUCAAGGGCUUCAACACCCUCCCCUCCACCGAGAUCUCCAUGUACACCCUCACCCGGGACCCGCUGAAGUCCUCCGGCACCCCCACCGCCACCUACAACUCCGAGAGGGACCACAACUUCCUGCAGGUCCACAACUGCAUUCAGAAGGACCUGAAGGACUCCGCCCACACUAACACAGCCAAUCGUCGCACCACCCCUGUAUGAGGCUGCCCCCCCCCGGAGGAAAGGGGUGGGGGGGAGGGGAAUGAGGAGGGGGGGGGGGGGGGGGUUGGAGAGAAGGGAACGGAGGAUGCCCCACAUUAUAAAGAUAUAAUGAUAUAUGAGUUUCCAUGUUGAAAAAAAAAGAAAAAUGUUUAAAAAAAGAAAAAUGCAUGAUUUUCCCCAUCUACCGUUAUUUAAACAAAUUUAAAAAAUGUCUGUAAAGAUUUGAAGUGAAAUGGGAGUGGUCGAGCGGGAGUGUGGGUAAUGAAGUCCUGAGAGCGGGGUUAUCUUCUGUUUGGAGCAGGGCUGGGUAACGAGGGCGGGGGCCAACGAGGAGGAAGGGAAGGUCAGCUUGUAACUUUGAUUUCGAUUUUGACUUUUCGCUUCUCUCCUCCGUCCAGAUGGGACUGCAAGCUCUCCCUCCCUCCCCCCUGCCCCCUCACCUCACUUUUUAUUUAUAAAUCUACUGAUUUAUUUGAUUUUUCUUUUAUUUUUUUUUUGCAUUGAAACUGUGAACCACAGCAGCUUUGGGUCUGAAAGGGAGUAACCCAAACCGCAAACUCUUAUAAAUACAUGUAUUGAUUUUAUAUAUAAAUAUAUAAGUUAAUAAAUGACAGACAGACUUCCUGACGCAAAAACAAGCCAACAAAGUCAUCGUGGAAAUGCAAACAAGUGAAAAGACUCAUCUUGACUAACUGCUUUAAGGACUAUAAAAAGAGGAAAUGCAGAUACUCUGCCAUCACAGCUGCUGAGAAACACACAAAAAAAUGUGUAAAGUCAAUGUUAGACAAAUUCUAUUCUUUUAACAGAACCUUCUCGUCUUUUUCUGGGGCCCUGUUCACUUUCUUUUUUGGUUGUCACAGGAGAGUGAGUCCAAAUCUAGCCCUUCUAUGGACACCAGCUACAUUUUAAAAAAGCAAAAUGAAAGGGUGAGAGCUUCACUGAAAAAAGAAAGGGUAGCAGGGAGAAAAAGAAGAGGACGCAGAAUAAGAGACCAACACUUGCAAAAAGACAACCAAGACGACAAAUCGACAAGUACGAGCUACUACAAGAAAUGAAGCUAUUUGACUCACAAAUAAAGAAAUUUACAUGCAUGCUAAAAUUACAGUGAAUCUGCUCUUGAGAAACUUAAGUUUUAGAAAAUAAUUAUAAUAAGGGGGAAAGUGACAACGCAAAACUUUUUAAAUGUUACUGUUGUGUGUGUAAUUUUGUUUGUUUUUUUGGUUUUUUUUGGAAAGGGGGGUGGGGAUUUCAUUUUCUGCUUUGAGUGAAACAAAUCAAACUGCAGCAAACAAAAGGCCUUUUUUAAAUGCUGGUUUAUUUAUAUAUGUAUGUAUGUAUGUAUGUAUAUUAUUUUUAAAUUUCACACAGCCUUAGUAAUUCUCUUUCUUUUUUCAUUUUUUUGAGUUGCGUUGUUGUUUAAAUGAACAAAAAAAAAAAAUCUUUAAAGGUGCCAAAAACCAAAUGGUCCUAAAGUUGGAUGCAUUAAGUCCUGGAGAUAAUAAAAUUGAAACCCCAGAGGGAGCAAAAACAA